GGGGCUCGGCUCUGCCGGGGGCGGGGCCUGCUCCACCGCUCUUCCCGGCGGCCGCUGUGCGGAGCGGGCGCGCGCGGACCCUGCACCGGCCGCGGAGCCGCUAUGGGCCCGCCCGGCCCCUGGCGUGGCGCGCCUCAAGCACCGGCUCAGAGCCAGGAUUGAAACUUCAAGAUGGAUAAUCAGGAUCCUGGGGGCAUUAGCCCCCUUCAGCAAAUGGUGGCCUCGGGAGCUGGGGCUGUGGUCACCUCCCUUUUCAUGACACCGCUGGAUGUGGUGAAGGUCCGACUUCAGUCUCAGAGGCCCUCAGUAGCAGGGGAAUUGACACCUCUCUCCAGAUUCUGGAGUCUCUCCUACACCAAAUCACCCUCCACUCUCCAAGCCCCAGGGAAGUGCCUCCUUUACUGCAAUGGUGUCCUGGAGCCCCUGUACCUGUGCCCAAAUGGUACUCGCUGUGCCUCCUGGUUUCAGGAUCCUACACGAUUCACUGGUACCUUGGACGCCUUUGUGAAGAUUGUGAGACAUGAGGGCACCAGGACCCUGUGGAGCGGCCUCCCAGCCACCUUGGUGAUGACUGUACCAGCUACCGCCGUCUACUUCACAGCCUAUGACCAACUCAAGGCCUUCCUGUGUGGUCAGUCGUUGACCUCUGACCUCUAUGCACCCAUGGUGGCUGGUGCCCUCGCCCGCAUGGGCACCGUGACAGUGAUCAGCCCCUUGGAGCUUGUACGGACCAAGCUGCAGGCUCAGCACGUGUCAUACCGGGAACUAGCUACCUGUGUUCAGGCUGCGGUGGCUCAGGGAGGCUGGCGCUCACUGUGGCUGGGCUGGGGUCCCACAGCCCUCCGAGACGUGCCCUUCUCAGCUCUGUACUGGUUCAACUACGAGCUGGUGAGGAGCUGGCUGAAUGGGCUAAGACCAAAAGACCAGACAUCUGUGGGGGUCAGCUUUGUAGCCGGUGGCAUCUCAGGAAUGGUGGCUGCCACCCUUACUCUACCCUUUGAUGUGGUGAAGACACAGCGACAGAUGGCACUGGGGGCCUUGGAGGCUAUGAGAGUGAAGCCCCCAAGAGUUGACUCCACCUGGCUCCUGCUUCGGAGAAUCCAGGCCGAAUCUGGCACCAGGGGACUCUUUGCAGGCUUCCUCCCAAGGAUCAUCAAGGCUGCGCCUUCGUGUGCCAUCAUGAUCAGCACUUAUGAGUUUGGCAAAAGCUUCUUCCAGAGGCUCAACCAGGAACAGCCUCUGGGCCGCUGAAAGGCUGAGUGAGCCAAGUGCCUUCCCAGCCCUGUCCAGGCUGUCCUCACCCUCCUGCUGUUCCCCUUCCCAGGAUCACCACUCGCCCACCUCCAAGUUCAAGACCAAAUCUGACGAUUGCCCCUCCUUUGUAUCCCCCUUUAUGUUUGUUGUGGCUUGGCCCUGACAAAUCGAGAUCUUGGGCCAGGCCGUGUUCUCGGCCCUGUUCGUUCCCUGUCUAAAGAUGACAUUCUGUGCACUGCUGUGA